AAUUUUCCACGAAUUUUCUAGUGUCAAAAGUGUGUGUACUCUUAAUGCACAAUCUCUUGUGUGCAUAGGUUGGUGUGUUAUGCUGAAAAAAUGGAUGAAAACAUCGAAAAUCCUCAUGAAAUCUGCACCCAUGAUGGUGUGAUGGUAAAGAAAACAAAUAGCAAUUGCAGUGUGGAAUCAAAUACAACUGGUAGCAUUCACCUAAUACACAGCCUAUCUACAAAAGAAUUGUGGAUCGAAUGGCGCCCAAACGAUGGUUUUCUCAUCUCCGAUACGGAUACGCAGGAGCAGGAUGAAUGGUCCUUUGUGGAUACCAUCGUUAGGCGCAAUCGUACCAUAAGUGAGAGCCUCAUUUUUAACACAAACACCAACAACAUCAGCGUCAAGGAGCCCCCGCAAGGGCAGACGCCCCCGAAGCCACGAACUAUUCGUGUUAAAUUGAAGGACCUCAAGUGCGUGGAGGUGCUGAAGAAUGGCUUGGUAAUUAAGCUAAUUGCAAAAGCUGAUGGACGCCUUCACAGUGAAUUUGUGUUUCAACACGGGAAUGCUGACAACUUUGUGCGUAGCCUCUCAUCGACACACUGCCUCCAGCGCAACCACCGGAAUCGCAAUACCUACGACAUUGUCGAAGAUCACACCCUACCGCAUGAUUCGGAUAAGCUGCAGAAGACAUUUGCAGAGUUGCAAAUUGACGACAUUAAAUCGGGUAGUGGGUGGAUAACGGACGUUAUGAGACGCCCGUUUGAGCAUACAUUGGAUAUCUUUGCAAAGAUUACGGAUGUUUAUGUGGCAACACCAACAUCACCCCCAGCUGCGAGUCCCAAAACCACACGGCCGCCUGUUGGACAAACUGCUGCAUCCCCAUCGAGUACAAUGAUGCAGUCAACGACAGAGGAUUACGAGGUGCUAAGCACAUCUCCGCGUUUAAUGGGCCCCGAUGCUGAUGGUGCUGGUGGAGCAAAGCCACCUUCGGAGAGUGGUGAAAAGCAAAAGUUGCCUCAUAUUGAGAUCCAACCGCGUGGGCAACCGCUGAGUGAGAUGGUGUGGCGAAGUAUGAUAAACGAAGAUGGUAGCAUUCCUAGUGAGAAGGUGGAUCUGAUUAAGGAGAAAAUUUACCGGGGUGGCAUUGAGGAUGGACUUCGUGCGGAAGUGUGGAAGUAUCUGUUGGACUACGAUUUGUGGGGUAAUACCAACACAUUGCGCGAUAGUUUGAGGAAACACAAGAAGAUGGAAUACUACACGAUGAAGUCACAAUGGUUACGCAUGACGCCGGUACAGGAGAGCAAUUUCACGGCUUUUCGUGACCGAAAGUGCCAAAUUGAGAAGGAUGUUAAGCGCACCGAUCGUACGCAAGAGUUCUUUGCGGGUGAUGAUAAUCCCAACUUGGAGACUCUCCAUGAAAUUCUAAUGACAUAUGUGAUGUACAACUUUGACCUUGGCUACGUGCAGGGUAUGAGUGAUCUUUUGGCGCCCAUUUUGUACGUCAUGAAGUGUGAGAAGGAUGCUUUUUGGUGCUUUGUUGGUUUCAUGGAUCGGAUCUUUACGAACUUUGACAUGGACCAAGCUGGCAUGAAAAGGCAACUUGGUGAUCUAACCCUCCUCCUGGCCUUUGCCAAUCCGCGACUCUACAGCUACUUCUUGGAGACGGGAUCAGAUAAUAUGUACUUUUGCUUCCGCUGGAUGCUCGUGUGGUUUAAGCGGGAAUUCUCACAGGAUGACACAAUGCGCCUGUGGGAGGUCCUAUGGACGGGUCUACCGUGCAUAAAUUACCACCUAUUCAUCAGUUUAGCCAUCCUCGAUGGGGAGACGGAGGCAAUACUUGAUGCAAAGUAUAAUUUUAACGAAAUCCUCAAGCACAUCAAUGAGUUGUCGAUGCGUUUGGAUUUGGAUGCUAUUCUGGCCAAGGCGGAGGCGAUUUAUUAUCAAGUUAAAAAUGCGCCACAUCUUACGGAUGAAAUUCGUGGAAUUAUUGGGGAAGAUCCCGUGGAGAAGGUAACCGAGAUUCACACGGAUAGCGAUGAUGAGUCAGAUGCGGUGAUCAGUGGACCUACGAAGAGUGUGGAGGAAGAAGAGAAGCUUCAGAAGAAAAUUGAAGAAGCUCUGGAGCAGUCCAUGUACUUCAAUUUCUACUAGAAUCGCUCCCGUAGCCCAUCAUAGUUAUUCUGGGAGUCAACAAUGCGGAAUAGAUUAUAAAAAGAAACCGAAAAAGUAAACAAAUUGAGAGAGAAAAUCAGUUAGAGAAUCACGCAGCUAUUGAUUCGUUGACAAGACAAUUUUAUUUGUGCAAAAAAAAUUUCUUUUUAAGACAAGAAAUAAGUUGUAAAAAAAAAUUCAAGAUUUUAGGGCCCAAAGUAAUUUUUACUUGUGCGCCUGGUGGUAGGAAUUAGACGAAUACUGAAGACUCACAGAGAUCAUUGAAAGGCUGUGUGGUUGCCUUGGAGGAUCAUGUCUGUAUUUUAUUUUAUUUUCUUGUAUUCAAGCGAUAUUGACUGACUCUUGAAAGCAAUAUUAAUUUGAUUUACGAGUUGUUUUUUUUUGUCACCAAACAAUGAUCUUCACCCACACGAUAAAGUUUUAAAAAAAAAGAAUUAAGAGCAAAAACUAAAUCUUUGAACUCAAAAAAGUCUUGUUUAUUGAAAAAUUGCAAAAUUAUUAAUUUUUAAAUAUUCUUGAGUUUUGUUAGAAUGAUCCGUUUUGUGUAUAAGUGUAGGAGAAUCUCAACAAAUUAAUUGAAAAUGCUGAAAUAUGCGAGGAAAGGAGUUUACAUUUUUACUGUACAUUAUAUAAAACAAACAAUAAAAUGUUUUAAGAAUUUUCAAAUAAAUUUACAUAAUGCAACAUA